AUGGAGUUUUCUUCUCUGAUUGUAUCAAAUCAUAGGAAGCAUAUUGCACUUGUGUUCAUAUGUUUAGUAUUAAUCUUGAAGAUAGCCUUAGUUUCUUCUGUCAAUCAGGAAAGCCAGAUCUACACGGUGCAUUUGGGUGAGAGGCAACAUGAUGAUCCUAAACUUGUUACUGAUUCACAUCAUGAUAUCCUCGGAUCGCUUCUUGGAAGCAAAAAAGCUUCCCGUGAGUCUAUGAUUUAUAGUUACAGGCAUGGCUUCUCAGGCUUUGCAGCGAAGCUCACACCAUCUCAAGCAAGGGAACUCUCAGAAACAUUUCUAAUUAAAAUAUUCACUUUGGAUUCUGUAAUAGAGCAUCCGGAUGUUGUUCAUGUGACGAGAAGCAAGUAUAUGAAGCUGGCAACAACAAGGGUGAGUGAUUACUUGGGACUCACUCCAACCACUCCAACUGGUCUCGUCCACGAAACUGACAUGGGAAGUGGAGCAAUCAUAGGAAUCCUGGACACAGGAAUAUGGCCAGAUUCAAAGUCAUUCAGUGACAACGGUCUUGGACCAGUCCCGGCACGUUGGAAAGGAAGAUGUGUUUCAGGAGAAUGGUUCAACGCAUCAUCAAGCUGCAACAGAAAGUUGAUAGGAGCUAGAUACUACGCAAAGGGUCUGCUCGAAAGUUACAAUGGGACAUACGAUGCGAUGGAGAAAGACGAGGUCAUGUCCCCAUUGGACGUAACCGGUCACGGGACCCAUUGUGCAUCGAUCGCCGCGGGUUCUUUCGUCCAGGACGCAAGCUUCUUAGGUCUAGGCUCGGGAACCGCCAGAGGAAGUGCCCCGCGAGCCCGCAUAGCUUCUUACAAAGUUUGUUGGAGCAAAGAGGUGUGUUACUCACCGGAUAUUUUAAAGGCCAUGGAUCACGCCAUUCGAGAUGGCGUUGAUGUUAUAUCGAUGUCGCUAGGAUCCACGAUACCGCUUGAAUUCGAGGUUGAUAGGAGUGAUUUUGCUAUUGGUGCUUUCCACGCCGUUAUGAAGGGGAUUCCCGUGGUAUGCGCUGGUGGGAACGAUGGUCCCGUUACGCAAACCGUCUCGAACGUUGCUCCGUGGAUCAUAACCGUCGCGGCUACGACCAUGGACCGAGAGUUCUUCACGCCCAUCACUCUUGGAAACAAUGUAACCGUACUGGGUCAAGAAUCUCUAUACACGGGAAAGGAAGUCGGAUUCGCUGAUAUUGUUUACUUGGAAGACUUGACAAAAGAUGAUUUUCUAGCCGGUAAAGCUAAGGGAAAAAUCGUGUUUGCCUUCCAAAUACAGUCAUCAUUAGAUAUUGAAGAAUAUGCAAAAUCUAAUGGCGUUGUUGGCGUCAUUAUUGCGUCGAAUCCAUACGACCAUAUAGCACCGGGCACCACGGAUAUCCCUUAUGUCUACGUAGACUUUGAAAUUGGGAUGGACAUUAUGUUGUAUUUCAAAACAACCAAAUUUCCAAAAGCUAAGAUCAGCCCUACCAAGUCAUUCGUUGGCCGACCAUUCUCGACCAAGGUCGCAAGAUUUUCGUCUAGAGGUCCCAAUUCAAUAUCUCCUGCCAUUCUCAAGCCUGAUAUAGCAGCACCAGGUUCAGGUAUACUUGCAGCCGUACCAUCAGAAGAAGGAUACGCAUUCAUGUCGGGGACAUCGAUGGCUACACCUGUUGUUUCAGGAAUAGUCGCACUUCUUAGACAAAAACGCCCUGACUGGUCUCCUGCUGCAAUCCGAUCCGCUCUCGUCACAACCGCAUUACAAACGGACCCAUUCGGAGAGCCUAUUUCAGCGGAGGGUUCCCCGCGCAAACUUGCUAGCCCGUUUGACUUCGGAGGCGGUCUGGUGAACCCGGGGAAAGUAGCAGACCCGGGACUUGUCUACGACAUGGGCUCCGAUGAAUAUGUUCACUACUUGUGCUCCGCAGGCUACGAAAAUAAAUCCAUCUCAAGAUUACUUGGAAGAAUAUACACUUGCCCUUCUCCAACUCCAUCCAUGCUUGAUGUCAACGUGCCUUCCAUUACGAUUCCAUACCUCAAUGAAGAGAUCAUUCUAACUAGAACUGUUACCAAUGUUGGACCGGUUGGUUCGGUUUACAAAGCUGUGAUCGAACCGCCUCUCGGUAUUAAACUUCAGGUGACUCCUGAGAGACUAGAGUUUGGUCCCAACACCAAGAAGAUUACAUUUACGGUGAAAGUCUCCACGACUCAUCGAUGGAACACUGAUUAUUUCUUUGGGAGCUUGACUUGGACUGACAAUGGAGCUCACAAUGUUAGAAUACCUCUUUCUGUGAGAACAAGACCUUUUAACUUGAAGAUAUAACAAAAUUAUUAAUAUUAUCGAAUAAUAAUUAUAAAAUCAUACCAAUGUGUAUUUGCAUUCGUUAUCUAUCGAAAGGCUUGAUCAAAAAAAAAAAAAAAUCUAUCGGAAGGCAAUCAAUGUGACAAUAAUAAAUCGUAUAAUAUUUAAGUUUUAUAUGUAGUCCAGACUGCGGAAGUGAUUUGUGGGUUUUAGGACUUUAAAACUUUUAUAAAUAGGUCUUUUUUCUUCUUCUUUUAUCGGCUAUAAAUACAAUAUAAACUCUAUAAAAUAAUACUUCAUAAUAAGACAAUAAGUAAAUAAUUAUUUCAGUGCUAAAUUGGGCUAAGUUCAGAGCUUUCAAAGGAGCUAGCAGGAAUGAAGAGUGCUCUACAUUCUCCCUUUUAACCUCAACCGCUUAUUCCCUCUCCUUCACAAGUGUUACUCUUACUCUUUCUUUAUUUCUUAUUCUUUACCCAAGAGUUUGUGUUGUGUGUUAUCAUCACCACCAAUAUUAAUUUAUCUAAUGAAAAUAUCAUUUUUGGAUCAUUUCAAUAUCUAACACUUCUUAAAGACCUUAUCUUCAGAAUCUAAUUUUGGUUGGGUGGCAAUAGAGCUUGCUGCCAAAAAAGUUUCCAUGUUACAGAAUUAGUGAUUCAUAUUUGCUUCUUUCUUUUUCAUUACAUUUUCUGGUUCAUUUAGAGAUUAAUAUUUAUUUUUAGGUUAGUCUAUAACGGUUUUACCGGUUUAGUAGGCUCACGUUAAUCCCCUCGACGAGGUUCUUUUAACUUUUGACGAUUCCCCUUCAGUAAUUCAAAUUAUUAUUAUUUUUGGUCAAAAAUCAAAUAAGAAUUUGUAUACCGUAUAUAAUUUUUUUUCUUAACAAUAUAUCGAAUAUUGAGGAUAAUAUCAAUAUCAUGACUCAAAAUGGCGUUGAACUGUAUUUAUCUUAAUUUAACUUUCUAAUAAUAAUAAUAUUUAUUUUCCUUUUUUCAAAAACAAAAAUUGAUUUACUAUACAGAUUCUAUAUGACUAAAAUAUCUUAAUUUCUUUGAUUAAUUUAUUUAAAUUAAACUUUCUUAAAUUUAUUAUUUUAUUUAAAUAUUUUUCCUCUAUUAUUGUUUUUUUUCUCAAAAUAUGUAAACACAGUAACUGAUUGACAAAUGUUUGAUAAAAAUGGUCGGAGUAGAUAAUAAAGGUAUUUUAUUCCUACCUUA